GCACAAUAUUAUUACGAUGGAAUUACAGCCCUACGAGGAUCCUGCCGCAGUUUCUCCUAUAUCAACUCGGGACAACCUCGCACCAAGUAAAACAUCAACACAAGACUCGACGACAUCUUCCCGGCCUAUACAUAGAAAAGAAAGCAAACAUUCUCCCUGUUAUUGUCGUCGAGUCUGUCCCGGCUCCAAUAUCCGUUGCUUGCACAAAGGGCAUCCGCCGGUGAAACGGGUGGCACGUUGAUGCAAACAACCAAUUGGUUUCUUGCUCUUUUACUCCGUGGCCAGCUGGCAAGGAGCUGCGUGCUUUUGCCUCGACUCUCCCCUUUUCCAUGUCCCAGCUUUCUUUUUAACCUUUAUACGCUCGAGACAUCAAACAAGCUUCUUGGAUCUUCAUCUUAUUUCGUCUCCUCUUCGGCUACCUCUUAAAACCCGCUUUCCCCCCUGUUGAGCAUUUGUUUACCUACUCCAACCCGUCUUUCAUCAAUUCAAUCAUGGUCAUCAUGAAACUCACGCAAUGGCUCAUCUGCCUCCUCGGCAGCAUCGUCAUCACCGCGUCCUCUGCCGGCCUCCCUCAAGUCAGGCGCCACGCCCCCGACUGGGAUCUCGCAAAGCCCAUGAACGGCCUCACUUUCCAGCGGGCCAAAGCCGUCAAGGAGCCCAGCCAGGACCGCGCCACGAUGCACUUCUCGCACCUCAGGGGCAUCAAGGGAAGGCCGGGCCAGCAGCACUCGGCCGUGUCUGCGCUGAGCCGCGUGCGAAGCAGCCUCAACUCUGCCGGCUCCUUCAAGCAGUCGUUCCAAAACGUCAGCGCCUUGACCGAUGCCUCGACGCAAUACGCCAUCCAGUGCGGCUGGGACGGCGUCCCGGUCUGGCUGCUGUUCGACACGGGCAGCUCCGACACGUGGGCGACCAAGACGGGCUUCAAGUGCGCGGAUCUGGGCGGCGAUGCUCACAGCGAGGCGGCCUGUGGCUUCUCCAAGCCGUAUAUCGACGGCUUCGGCCACGGGCAGAUUGACGAGCUGCACUUCUAUCUCAAGUACGGGUCGGGCGAGCGCAUCUCGGGCCCGAUGGGCUACAGCGACAUCUCGUGCGGCGGCGUGACGGUGUCGAAGCAGCAGGUCGGGCUGGCCAACAGCACCUACUGGCACGGUAACAACGUCACCGUCGGCAUCCUUGGCCUUGCGUAUCCCGCCAUCACGAGCGCCUACUAUGGCGAUGUUGGUGAUGAGGCGCCGUGGAACGCCAUGAGCUACACGCCCUUCCUGACCAGCGCCAUCAGCCAGGGGAGCAUCGAUCCUGUCUUCAGCGUUGCCCUGGUCAAGAACUCGACCGACGGCGUCAUUGCCUGGGGAGGAUUGCCGCCGAUGGACUGGCAGUUUAGGGGGUUCGCAAAGACGGAUCUGAUUGUGGCAAAUCUCAUCGGCCAGCCCGAGACGGCGUGGAAGUACUCGUUUUACACGAUUGUGCCCGACGGCAUGAAAUGGGACCAGACGACGGACACGACCAAGUAUCCGUACAUUGUCGACACGGGCACGACGAUGCUCUACCUCCCUCCUCCGCUCGCCGAAUCCAUCGCCAACUCGUUCCAGCCGCGAGCCGUGUACCUGUACCAAUGGGGCACGUACUUUGUGCAGUGCGACGCCAUCCCGCCGCACUUCGCCAUCCUCAUCUCGGGCGUCGAGUUCUGGAUCAACCCGGCGGACCUCAUCUACCAGGACCUCGUUGACCCGCUGACCGGCUACUGCGCCAUUGGCAUUGCCAGCGGCGGGCCCGGGCCGUAUAUCUUGGGCGAUGUGUUUCUGCAGAAUGUUGUGGCCGUGUUUGACGUGGGAGCGGCGGAGAUGCGCUUCUACGGGAGGAAGUAA